UGAGAGAGAGAGAGAGGGAGGCCAUCUUGAUAAGAGAAGAACCCUAUAGAGAGAGAGAGAGAAAAAGAAAGAGUGGAUGUCUUAUAGAAUGAACAAAACAUCCUCUGUUUCUCUUGUCCUUGUCCCUUUCUCCAGAUCUUAAAAAGGUUCUCUCCACAUUUUUCCAUCAUCUGGGUCCUCUCUCCAAGAUGGAGCAAAAGAUGGAAUCUGUAUCGGAUCUGGGGAAGCUCUUCAUCGGCGGGAUAUCAUGGGACACGGACGAAGAACGGCUUCGAGAGUAUUUUAGCAAGUACGGUGAUUUGAUCGAGUCUGUGAUCAUGCGUGACCGUACCACGGGACGUGCACGUGGCUUUGGCUUCAUCGUCUUUGCAGAUCCUUCUGUUGCAGAGCGAGUCAUCUUGGAGAAACACAUCAUCGAUGGCCGCACGGUGGAGGCGAAGAAAGCUGUGCCACGUGACGACCAGCAAGUGCUGAAACGCCACGCGAGUCCAAUGCACCUUAUCUCCUCACCUAGCCAACACGGUGGCGGCAGCAAUCGAACAAAGAAGAUCUUCGUUGGAGGUUUACCGUCUAGCAUCACCGAAGCCGAGUUCAAGAACUACUUUGAUCAGUUCGGUACGAUCGCAGACGUUGUGGUGAUGUACGAUCACAACACGCAGAGGCCACGUGGCUUUGGCUUCAUCACUUUUGAUUCAGAGGAGUCUGUCGACAUGGUUCUUCACAAGACGUUCCACGAGCUAAACGGCAAAAUGGUCGAGGUCAAAAGAGCAGUGCCUAAGGAGCCUUCUUCCUCCUCAGCUCCUCUUGCUGCUAACCGAAGCCCACUUCUUGGUGGGUAUGGUGGUAAUAACUAUGGAGUAGUAGUACCUAAUAGGCCAUCUGGUAAUAAUAGCUACUUCAAUAGCUUUGCUCCUGGUUAUAAUAGUAACAACAUAGGUCGGUUUAGUCCUAUUGGUAGCGGGAGGAAUGCUUUCUCUAAUAACUUUGGUCUUGGUUUAAAUCAAGAACUGAGCUUUGAUGGAAACACUACUCUUGGGUUUAGCCGCAUCCCUGGGAGCCAAUACUUCAAUAAUGCUUCACCAAACCGUUACAACAACUCUCCAAUAGGAUUCAACAGAGGCGACUCUGCUUACAACCCGAGCAAUAGAGACUUGCUGUGGGGAAACAGAACUGAUUCUUCUGGUCCGGGUUGGAACUUGGGUGUCUCUGUUGGUAACAACAGAGGAAACUGGGGGCUUUCUGAUGCUAAUAGCUAUGGGAGAAGCUUUGGGACAAGUUCUGGACUCUCUGCGUUACCAUUCUCUGGUAGUAACAACAACAACAAUACAAACGGUUUUGAUAGGUCUAUGGGGGAAAUGUACAGAGGGAACUCGGUUUACAGCGACUCAACGUGGCAGCAGACGAUGCCUCAUCAGUCUGCUAAUGAGUUAGACGGCUUGUCUCGCUCUUACGGCUUUGGUUUUGACAAUGUAGCCUCAGACCCGUCUGGCAAUGCCUCUGAAGGUUAUCCAAGAAGCUACAAUGUGGGAGGAAAUAGAGGUAUUGAAGCAUAGAGAAAAGCAAAUAUCUUCAAAACUUUCAUCACAGUGAGUUUCUGUUUUUUUUUUUAGCAUCACAAAAAGAGUUUUAUUUCUGUUUUUAAAUUCUUACAUAAAGAGAAGAUCAGAUUGGGUAGCUGCAAAGAUACAAAAGAUGUGGAUGAUAAAAGAGAGAUUUGAGGUGUAAUAACUAGAGAGAUCGUUGAUUCUCGAUCACUAUUCUUUAGAUUUCUCCAAAAGAUUCUUCCAUGUUGUGUGCUCUUGUUUGUAACUCUAAUUGUUAAUGUUUCUUUUUUUUU